UAACAAGAGCAAAAGAGAUAGCACUUGUGAUAGUAAACAGCAUUGACACUUGUGAUUUAUUCAGAAAAUUAUUUGCAAUAAUUAAUUGGCAAUUUAAUUUUGAUUUAUUGCAAAUUUGCUAGUUUGUUUAAUAAAAAUUGCCAUAAAAAAUAUUUACAGCAUUUAUAAUUUAAAAAGUUAAAAUUUUACUGUGACAGGUUAUGUGUAUCACCUGUUGCUACUAAAACUAAAUAAAGGAUAUUUUGUUUUUUUUUUUUAAUCAAAAAUUUUUACUGUAUUUCAAAAUAAAAAUGAUAAAUGCAGAGACAGAAAUUAGAAAAUUAAGACCAAAGCAACUUUGCUCGCUGGCAGCAACUUUGAGUCCUGAUUCUUGGAAAUUACUUAUGGGAAUUAUUCUAAAAGAUGGAUCUCAAAAUGUUCCAAUGUUUACUAAGGAGCAUCUUGAUAUUAUUGAAUCAACGGGACUAAAACAACGUCGAUUACCAGCUGAGAUCUUUUUGGACGAAUGGUCGACGAUGGGACGUAAAAGACCGACGAUACGAAAGUUAAUAAACUUGUUAAUCCAAGUUGAAUUAUUCAGAGCUGCUGAUUAUCUAGCUAUUGAAGUACUGAAAGAAGAGCCACCAAAGCGGCCUCAAAAUGGUCCAGCAGCGCCCAUUGAUAUUUUUGUAAAUUUCAAGGAAAUUCCCGAGAAUCAAAUCAUUGUUCAAGUAAAUGAAUACCAGGACGUUCAAAAAGAAAAUUAUGCAGCGCCGUCGAUAAAUAAUGAUAACUUACAGCACGUUUAUGAAGAAGAAAAAUUCCAUGUCGAAAAUGUAUCAAAAUUUCCGUUCAAUAGUAAAUCCGAUUUAAUGAAGUUCAGUUCAAGUUCCUUUGAAGAGAAAAAUAAUUGUGAUAUUAAGUAUGGAAAGGAACAGGAAGAAAAUAUUUUGCCAAACUUUAAAGAAUUGAACCUGCACAGUAAUCACAGUGAAGUUAACAAUAAAGGAAAUAUAAAUUCUGAAAAAUCAUCUGGUUUCAUAAUUUCGGAAAGUUCUGAUAUAUCAACAUGUGAAUCUUCUUAUCAAUCAUCAAGUUCAAGUCAGUCUGCUGCUAAUUCACAAAAUUCUAUUUUCUUAAGUGAUAAUUUACCUGUAAUUUUAAAAGAAAUUAAUGGACAAGACACUAAUUGUAUGUCAACUCAAUAUUCUUAUUCAAAAGAGUCGCAUCAGAAUUUACCAUUACCUAUAUUAGAGUACGGAGAGUAGGUGGGUAAUAAUAAUAAAUUAAUUAAUUAAAUUAAAAGACCUAGUUAUUGACAUUGGCCUAGUUGUU